UCCGAAUUCAUGGCCUCUGCCUCACCUCGCCAUGAGCGCGUGCAGACGGAGAUGGUGGGCGGACAAAGGAAGUCACUCCCGCGCUGCUCCGGGCGUCUGCGAGGUGUUUUGCUGAGCAUAGCAGCUGCUGCAAGCUUUGCCUUGGCGGCGAUGCUAGUCAAGGUCUGCGCCACGGGGCUGAGCACUCUGGACGUGCUCUGGGGUCGAGCCAUCGUGCAGACCGGUAUCAUCGGAUCCUUCUUCCUAGCGCGCUGCGAGUCUCCCUGGGGCCCGGCCCAUCUUCGUGGUUGGCUCGCGUUGCGAGGCAUCCUGGGCUGCUGCGCCAUCGUGGGCUACUUCGUGGGCAUCAUCGCCCUGCCGCUGGCCGACAGCAUCUCCAUUUAUAGUGUCAAGCCCAUCUUUGCGGCGCUGCUGGGUGCUUGUGUGCUUGGUGAAGCGCUCGGGUUCAUCCACGUUUUUGCCACAGGCCUUUCGUUGUUGGGAUGCAUCCUUGUCGCCAAGGACGAAGCAGCUGGCCAUCAUUCUUCGAAGCACGAGGACCUAUAUCUUGAUCCCACCGUCGCGGUGAUCGUUCUGCUGUUUGCAGCACUUUUCGCGGCAGGCACAAGCAUUUCCACCCGGAAGGUCAUGGCAGGCACCACCGUGCGUGCCGAGGUGCCGGUCUGGUAUUUUUGCUUCAUGGACUUGCUCCUUCUGUCUGUACUAACACCACUCCUGGCCGGAACGUCGUUCUCGCAUCGCUCUGCGAGCGUUUCAUGGCGACAUGUGCUCGGAGUGGUGGGAGUCUCCGUCUUUUCGGUCCUCGGGCAGCAGUGGUUCACCCUCGGCUUGCGGCACAUACCCUCCGCGCUGUCGACGCUGCUUGUGCAGACAGAGACCGUCGAUGCUUUCCUGUUGCAGGUGAUUUUCUUCGGACGUGUUGGCCUCCUGAGCAUCUUCGGGGCCUCCCUGAUUGCAGCAGGCACGGCAACGCUGGCAACUGCCGAGCUCCGUGGAGGAGGCCCUGGCGGCAGCAGCAGCGAAGAUGCGGAAGGGAACUCUGCCGCCGCUCACUGCGAGGCAGAUGUCGAAGCACCACCCAGGCCUUCGACGCUCGGGCGUGCGCCUGAGGAAUCGCAGCCUCUCCAGCGGUAG